GUGUUGUAUAGCCAUCAAAACCACAUGUGUGUGUUUUUUUUUCUUUUUACCUCGCUGUAUUUAGUUCGUUUUAACUGUUAAAAGUGAUUAUUCAUGUAAAAAAUAAAAUUGUAUUUUGUUAAACCCACCGUAAAGUAUUAUUUAUAGCUGGCUGUCGAGACAGGUGAAGAGAAUUACGAGUUCUUCCUGGACGUUUCUAAUCGGAUUAGAUGACAUUUGGAGACGGUUUGAGCGUCUGCUAACACUUGGAAGACUAAACCUUACUUUCUUUUCUUCUUUAAACCUCAUAAAAUGCCUCUUUUUGUGAACCGUGACCAGGUUUUUGCUCACCAGGUCCACCUGCUGGAACACAAACUGAGAACUAAAGAAGAGCGGAUACUGGAGUUGGAGACAGAGAAUGCAAUUCUUCAUAUAAGGCUUGCAGAGUCCUUGGGGAAACUGCAUCAAGAGCAUGAAGAAAACACCAAAGCCCUUAAACAUCAACAAGAAGAAGAGGAGGAGAAGAAGAUCACUUGCUUAGCAAUCGCCAAACUCAUUUCUGACGUCCAGGCUUUGAAGCAGUGCCUUAGUGAAGUUUUUGCAGUCUAUGUGAGUUUUGCUACUGAGCUGGACGAGCAGAGCAAGCAGCUUCAGAAGGAGCUGACACAACAGGGCAGCUGUUCUCUGAAAGGAUGCAGAGGAGAUGAGAGUCAAAAUUUACAGGCCCAGUUGACGGCUCUGGAGCACUCUCUGGAGGAGGAGCGGGUGAAGUGCAACGUGGAGAGGCAGAGAAGGAAAAACCUUCAUAACACGCUAGUGGAGCUCCGAGGGAACAUCCGUGUCCACUGCCGAGUGCGUCCCCUUCUACCUUUCGACCACGUCCAGUCCCCGCUUCUUGGGUCAGGGCCGGUGUCCUUGGAGCAAAUUGUGCAUGUGAUCAGUGACGACACAGUUCUAGUCAACUGCAUGAAGGCGGGAGUGCCAGCUCAAAGCAAGAUGUUUGAGUUUGAGAGGGUGCAUGGCCCAGAAGAUUCCCAGGAAACUGUAUUCGAAGAGAUCAAGCCUCUCCUUACAUCUGUGCUGGAUGGCUACAACGUAUGCAUCAUGGCAUACGGGCAGACAGGAAGUGGUAAGACUCACACUAUGAUGGGAUCCCCUGCGUUGGGCGGCCACUCAGGGCUGCAGCAAGGAGUCAUUCUCAAGGCCUCCGCGGAGUUAUUUCGGCUGAUCUCCGAGAAGCCUCCCUCCAGCCACACGGUGGAGAUGUCGGUGAUAGAGGUGUACAACAACGAUGUGUUGGACCUGCUGUCUGGAGACGAGCAAGCGAACGUCAGCGCAGUCCAUCGCCGGGAAAGCGUCUCUACAUCCUGCAGUUCCAGCCAGGUCUCCUCCCUCACACAGGAGCCUGUAAGUGAUACUUGUGACGUGACGCACAUCAUGACCAGAGUGCUGAAGCUCAGAGCUCAUUGUCCCACUCUAGUGCACGCCGACUCCUCACGUUCCCACCUCAUUGUCACGCUCACUAUUUCUUCCAAGAGUCCAAAUGCUCGAGUCCUGGCACGUAGGCUGCAGAGCGCCAAGAAGAGCAUGCAACACCCCACACAGGAGCGGUGGAGCCCACGGGAAGAUAGCCUUGGAAGCCCCGCCUCUUCCCCUUGUCCUUCCCCGUCACAGUCUCCCUGCACCUCCCCAAGAUUGGGCACCACCCGGGCUGUGUUCAAGACCAAGCUGCAGUUUGUGGACCUUGCAGGGAGUGAGUGUGUUGAUAUGACUGGAGUUUCAGGCGCAGCCUUGUGGGAGGUGUCCUGCAUCAACCGCAGUCUCUCUGCCCUCUCAGACGUCCUGGGCGCGCUGGCCGAGCAGAGAUCUCACAUCCCUUACAGGAACAGCAAGCUGACACACCUGCUCAAGGACGCCAUAGGUGGCGACGCAAAGCUGUUGGUGAUGCUAUGCGUGUCUCCAACACAACGCUACUUCACCGAGUCCCUGCAGACUCUGGGAUUUGGUGCACGGGCCCGCCAGGUCCAACGAGACCCAUCAAGGAAGAAAAGCAACACAUUGAAAGUUAAGUGAGGGAAGAAUGAGAGAAAUUCAAGCCAACAUCCAAGGAAAUAUACACACUGCGAAUGCAACAAAAUAAUUUUCAUUGAUCAACCAACAAUUCAGAACCUUAAACGGUAUAUCAUAUUUUACUACUUAAUCACUUGUCUAUGUAGUGCUACAGUUGCAGUUUUUAUCUAUAAUAGUUAAGCAAUCAUCAUAAAAGAGUAACUGCACUUUUUUGGAAUUUUGCCUAUCAUCCACAAUCCUUAUCAGACUUAGACAACAUUUUAUUUAUCCUCAAGGGAAAUUGUUUCAAACAGUAGCUCAAUUACAAGAGGAAAAGAAAGGAUAACUAAACACUCUCGAGGGCACAAAAAAGAGGAUUAAAUGAUAAAUCAAAUGUAGUCGACGGCGUGGCGAAGUUGGUAGAGUGGCCGUGCCAGCAAUUGGAGGGUUGCUGGUUACUGGAGUUCAAUCCCCACCUUCUACCAUCCUAGUCACGUCCGUUGUGUCCUUGGGCAAGACACUUCACCCUUGCUCCUGAUGGGUGCUGGUAGAGCCUUGCAUGGCAGCUCCCUCCAUCAGUGUGUGAAUGUGUGUGUGAAUGUGGAAAUACUGUCAAAGCGCUUUGAGUACCUUGAAGGUAGAAAAGCGCUAUACAAGUAUAACCCAUUCAUCAUUUAUAACAACACGAAAGAGAUUGUAAAUAACAACAGCAGCAAUAGAAUGGGACAUCUUAAAAAAUAGAUAAAUUACAAGUAAGUCCAUCCAUCCAUCCAUUGUCUACCGCUUGUCCCUUAAUACAACUUGAAUAUACAUUAUGAACAAAGAAAGGUGUGGUAACGUUAAAGCAGAUUAGUAAUAGACAAGAAUGAUCUAUUACCGACACUCAGCAUCAAGGGUUGGAAUUAGGGGUUGAAUCACCAAAAAAUGAUUCACGGGCGCGGCCACUGCUGCUGCUCACUGUUCCCCUCACCUCCCAGGUGGUGAUCAAGGGUGAUGGGUAAAAUGCAGAGAAUAAUUUCGCCACACCUAGUGUGUGUGUUACAAUCAUCGGUACUUUAACUUACUUUAACUUAAGAGUGUUUGUACAGCUGGAUGGAGUGCGGACUGAAGGAGUUCUUGUAGCGUUCACUAUAGGAACCAAGCUGGAGAAGCCUGUUGGAGUCUGAGCGCUGAUGUUCUUUAAUUGUCUGGUGGAAUGAGUAGGCAGGAUUGCCCAUGUUGCACAGCAGUUUGUCCAGUGGCCUCCUGUCAUUCACUGAGACAAACGCAGCCAACUGCGUGCCAAUAGUUUGGCCGGAUUUUCGGAUCAGUUUGUACAGCUGACUUAUGUCAGUUUUGCUGGUGCUGUUCCCACAGCCAACCACAGCAAAGUACAGGAACUGGCUACCACAGAAUGAUAGAAGAUCUCUAACAGCUUGCUACACAGAUUUAAGGACCUGAGCUUUCUCAGGAAGUAUCCAGUCUGCUCAUGCCCUUCUUGUAUACUGCUUUGCUGCUGUCCUUCCAGUCCAGUUUGCUGUUCAAGUGGACUCCCAGGUACUUUUCGUGCUUCUCAGGCACGGUACUUCUAAUACUUAUGUGUGUUCUAAAUUUAAAAAAACUGCUAGUAAUAAACUAUAAAGCAAUAAAAAAACUUCCAACAACACUCAAUUUACAUGCCGUGACCUGCGUAUUGACCAAGUUAGAGUGACAUUGUUAUUUUAAAAACUAACACAAAGGAACUACUUUUCUGGCAUAGUGAAAUAUCACCUUGCUCACACUGCUCCUCUGACCACCAGUGAGUAGCCAACUACCAGCUACUAGCUUGCAUGAGCAUUGAGCUGCUUCUGCUGCUGCUGUAUUGCCCUUAAUUUUUUUAAAGUUUAGAUUUUACAACAUUUUAUAAAUCAUGCGUCUCACCUGUAUAGGAGAAAGUUGUGGCAUCAAGCAGAGGGGUUAGUCAACUUUGAAAAUCCACACGCUACCAGCUUCCUACUACAUGGCUCUCAACAAAUGGAACACAGCAUAAGAAGCAUUUUGAGGUGAAGGAUUAUUCUGAAUUCAACAGCCCAAGCAAAAGUCCUGAAAUAUACAAUCAGUUGGCAUCCCAGUGAGAGCAGAGAUUGUAAGUGCAUAAAAACGUACGCUAUAGUUUACUAUGCACUCUGUGAAAUUAAUGCGGCCAGAAAAAAAGUUUUGGUAAUGCUUAAAAUGAGCAAAAUACUGUAAAUAUUACAUGUUAUCAUUAAUGUGCUUGCUACUACAUUACAUGCUGGACAUACUUGCUGCAUGUAUAUAAAAAAAACGGUGUUCAAGGUUUUUAGAAGUCUUUAUAAACAAAAUAGAUCAUAUCCCCAUUACCUGCAUUGUUAGCCACCUCUUGCUGUCAGUGUUUUAUGACUUAGAAUGCACAGAAAAGGAAAGAGGAAAGCAUGUGUAUUCUUAUCUCAUGUAAGGAUUGUGAAUGAUGUGCAGUUCCUUUUUAAUGGUUUUAGCACUCAAAUAGAUGUGACGAACAAUUUGACCCUUGGUCACUCUGAAUUGUCUUUGGAAAGGCAAAUACUACAAUAAAGUGUCACAACUCCUUAACCACUGCCCUAGCUGUUGUUGACCCGAGUGGAUUGGCAGCAGGAUAUCCGGUGCUCAGACACAUACCUGUGAGGAUCAACUUACACCCAGAUUUUGCACAAGGCAAAGUCACACAGUCCACAAGUUGUUCAAACGGCUCACUUCACUUACCGCUGGAAUAGGCUGCAACGGAGUAGGCUUUACAGUAUUUUCUGAUUUGGCCUUCCUGUCAACUGACAUACAUGAUAAUGUUUAUUCAUAGGCAGCAGGGCUGUCCCUAGGCUUUGUGUGGCCCUACACAAAAUGUAGUUUGUAACCCCAUUAUGGUCUUUAAUAUUACUUAUUUAUUAUUAUUAAACUCCUGAAGGGCCCCAACCACACCCUUAACAUAACGUCACGACACUACAUACACACUUAAUGUGCAUCUAUUCACUAAAAAAAUUAUUAUUGCCUUUAUUUUUUGAAAACUCGCCUUUUAAACACAUGUAAAAAACUAAAUAAGGUUUUUCCUUGCAACUUAUAAUGUCUCCAACAUUUUCUAUAGGAAAUAACUUUAAUAAGGUUUUUAAUAUUAUAAAGAUUGUAUUAAGAUCCCGUAUAUAGAUUAUAUGAUUGUAAACCAAUUUCUUCUUACAUGAAUGCACUCCCACCCAUCAAUCAUUGUAUCUGUCCAUCUAUACAUGUGCCAAUCUUCCCAUUGGGAUGACCCAAGCACAUCUACUGUGCUUCCGGGUCAUGAUCAGAAAGCCCACAAUAUUUACAUGUGUAUGUCUUAGUUUCUUCAUCAAUAAUGUGUUUCAUCAAGCGUUUGAACCAGUGGUGUCGUUAGGCCUUUUUAGGGGGGCUUAUGGCUGACUAAAUAUUCUCAACCCCCCCUCCAAAAAUUAUCUGGUGUUAUUUUAUUUCUCAAUCAAUUAAUCAAUCUGUCAAUUAAAUUGUAUUUAUAUUGUGCUUUUUGUACAUUAAAAAAAUGCAACACGGAGUGCUUUACAGACUUAAAAACAAUGCCUCGAUGACCCACCUCCUCCCAUCAUCAGUCACAUGCACACACACACGCACAGAGGAGCCAGGUGAAAAAACACUAGCACGGGAGCCGUCUUCACCAGAAAAUCACUAGACCAUGGCCAACAAGAUGCUGACACAAAGCACUCGCGAUAGCCAUGGCUGAUAAAAGCCCUGAUUUUGGGGUAUUUCUUUUAUAAUAUAAUGUCGACAAAUUCGACAUAAAGUAGCCUGAAUGUGAACUUUAAUAACCAUACAACCUUUCAUUAUUUACUUAAACACAAUUAUAAAUCUGUCAAAUUUCUAUUUACUUCAUAGUGUAAGGUAGAGAUUAUCUGAUUCAUGUAGAAUUAGCAUUAGUGAAUAAUGAUCAUAACAAUAUACCAUUAUUUUAACUAUUAUUAUCGUUGAUGCGUCUAAUUGAUGCAUAAAAAAAAUUGUGAUGCCCCUUUUCCAAACUUUAAUGAAGGUUCCUUUUCGGAUAAAACAACUGCAAAUAUGUGAUGCAUUACAUUGUAUCGUAUGCAUGUUCUAAAUAAACUGAAACUGAACUGAACUGAAUGCACCACAAUUAUGUGCUAUGAGAUGCAAAAGUCAAACUUAAACAUAACUUUGUAUGACGCUGCCACAAAUAGAUGUAUCAUGUUGUUGGAGCCAGUUGGAGCCUAUCUAUAUUAUUUAUUUAUUAAUUGUUUGACAAUGAAAUCAAAUAAUGUCAAGAAUGAUGUUAAUGAAUUAUUGGAUGUUUUAGAUUUCAUUGUGAUUGACUGAUUGUUUUCAGCUGCUCACGCUCCUACUGGUGAGCCACUUCCUCCUCCUAUAAUUAAGAAGACAGGACAGCUGGGUGCUCUUUGUCUGUCUAUCAUGUUGAAGGAGUGAGGAGUGAAACAGUUUGUUUACCGCUAAACAAGCCACGCUAAAACAACUUAUUUUGAAGCCACGCUAAAUAAGUUAUUUUGAUUAUGUUGAAAGUCAACCACGGAGAAUAUUUUUUGUUUGUGAAAAUAAAUUAUGAUAAUUUUGAAUCUAGAAAUAUCUCCGCGAGUGCUUAUUAAGGAAUUUAGUGAGUCAAACACCUCCUCCUCAAGACUACUCUGCAUUACUUUAUUUUUAUUUUUUCAAACCUUUUUGGAACGCAAGAGUAGCCGUUACAAGUAAACAAACUCCACUGAAGACCCAAAAGACCAAAGCAAGAUCGCGCUGCACCGAUGACAGCCAGCAGCCCGCGGGCCGUGAGUAAAAUCAGCCAUGAUGACGUCAUGAAUGAACGCGCCGCUGCGCUGUAUGGAAUCAAAGGAAAGUUGCAGAUUGUGGAUGUGAAAUGCAAUAAAACAGGAUGUUGGAAGGACAUUUAAGAAUGAAAUAAGUGGACAUUAAAUUGAGCUGUGUGAUUAUCUGGAAUGAUGUCUGGCACACCUGAGACGGCAGCUGAGCACGACGACAUGCUGAGAACGCGCAUUGCUUCGCGCAGAGGCAGACUGGGCGCGUGCACGGGGAGUCUAAAUGAAAUAAAGACUUUGAUGACUGAUGUUAGAAAUGCUGAUAAAGUCAAUGAUGCAUUUGAAGCAUUUAAAGGAGCUGUGGAUGAAUUUAAAAAUGCUCACAACUUUGUGCAAUAAUUCUUAUCAGAAGAGGAAAAGGAAAAUGAUUAUUAUGACUGGUAUGAACCCAGAAUAAUACAUUUGAAUUAUUUCAUGAAAGAUGUUGAAACAUGGAAAAGAGAAAUUGCACAAUCAAAAGUUGGACCACUGGACAGCAUAUCAAAUGUAUCUCACAAAUCAA